UGCGAAGCCAAAGCAAAUCGAGUUUGGAUUGAUCGAACCCUCCUCCUCCUCCUCCGGCGACAGAGAGGAAUUAGCUGCUGCCCUACAAACUUCGAGGCGCGGUGCGGCGGCGGCAGCAGCAGCGGGCGAUCAUCGCCGGUGAUGGUGGCGGCAGCGGAGGAAGCGGUGACGGCACGCGGAUGCACCGGCGGCGGCCCCGCGGCUACGACCAGCCGGUUCGCGGCGGCGUGCGGCGCGCUCAGCCAGUACGUGAGGGCGGCUGGGGCCGAGAGGGCGCGCGCCGGCGCGUGGCCUGCCGUGCCGGUGCCGGUGCGGCCCCUCCCCCUCAUGCCGGGCGCCGACGUGGAGGAUCCCGAGGCGGGGCCCGCGCCCGCGGCGCAGAUGACCAUCGUGUACGGCGGGCGGGCGCUGGUGCUCGACGACGUUCCCGCGGACAGGGCCGCGGACCUGCUGCGCCUCGCGGCGGCGGCUGGGAGGCUCUCCUCGGCCGCGGACCUGCUGCCGGUGCCGAGGAAGGCGUCGCUGCAACGGUUCAUGGAGAAGCGCAAAGGGAGGGCCGCCGCGCGCGCCGAGCUGCCGUACCGUCGGCCCGGCGAGCGGCACGACGACCUCACGCUCGCGCUGUGACUCUCUCUCUCUCUCCUCUCUCUCUCUCUCUCUGCAAUUUAGACAGUGCUGAAGCUGAAGCUAGUAGACUGUUUCAUGGUAGUCCUGCGAUCAUAUUUGUUAUUACUAGAUAGGAUGUGUAUAUAAUAUACAGAUUGAUUGUUCUUGUGUGGUGGUGAAGCAAACGGACUAACAGAGCAAGCAAUGUAACGGAAGGAUAUGAUUAUUCAACACUGAAUUCCGAUGGAAUUCAAGUACUUGAACAGGAGAAAUUAUUUCUCUUUUCGGACA